AUGAUUAUGGAGGCAGUAAAGUACAAGAUCGUCUUGAAGCGAUAUGCCCAAGCAAAUCAGCAACCAUUUCCAACUGAAGAUGAGUUUAGCAAAGUUGAGUAUAUUGGUGAGUUUCUUGGAGUUUUUGAAGAAACUACCAGGGCGUUCUCAGCUGAUAGAUACGCUACUUCCCACAUGUUCCUGGAUAAUGUGCUUUGUAUCCAUCAAACUCUAAAUAGUCCAGAAUGGUACAAGGAUGAGGUUAUCAUAGAUUUGGCAAAAGCAAUGGAGAGGAAAUUUGAUAAGUAUUGGAAUGGAAAUUACAAUAUGGUCCUUGUUAUUUGCAGCAUACUUGAUCCAAGAACAAAAGUUGACUUCUUAGACUUCUUUUAUGAGAAGGUGUGCAGGAACUUUAUUGACAUUGACUUGAGCAAAAAUCAGGCUAAAGAGUGGCUUCGCCUAUAUUUUAGGAAGUAUGAAGAGGUUAUUAGACAAAAUGAUACAAAUGUAGUAUCACAAACUGGUGCGUCCAGGAGCAUGGUGAACCGUUCUCCAGUGCUAGUUCUUGGAAAAAGAAGACUAGAACAAGAAUUUGCUGAAUAUAGGCAUCAGAGGAGAGGGACUUGGAUUGAAAAAUCAGAACUUGAUGCAUAUCUAGAUGAACCACCAGUGAGAACAGAUGAAAAUUUUGAAAUUCUAACUUGGUGGAAGACAAACUCCAACAAGUACCCUAUGCUGUCAGCGAUGGCACGCGAUUUCUUAGCAAUUCUACUCAGCACCGUUUCUUCUGAAUCAGCAUUCAGCUUGAGUGGUCGGAUUCUUAGUGACAAUCGAAGCUCAAUGACACCAGAAACUCUUGAAGCUUUGGUCUGUUGCAAAGAUUGGCUGUACAAGUAUCCCACCAAUGAAGCCACCUGA